GACCUCCCCGACGCUCGCAGAAACCCCCCCCCUUUCUCGAGGAGGAGGAUGUGAACGCACUAGUGUCAGGAUUGAUUGAGCGAGUGACAGUUUGUGUAGUAGGGAGAGGCAGCAGCGAGAGGUAGAUAGAAAUUGCCAGGAGGAGGAGGAGGAGGAGGCCGAUUCGUGAGUGUGUGAAGUUGCAGAAGCUCGGCCUUUAGAGUGCGUGUUGUUCGUUGUUCCGGUCGGUCUGCUGUGGGGCUCAGAUUUGGGCGAACACCGUGAGGAGCAGAGGAAGCUGUGGGAGAGAGGGUUGCAAGACCAGAGAGAGAGAGAGAGAGAGAGAGAGAGAGAGAGAAAACGGGGAGUGUCAUCAUCGUCAUCAUCGCCACACGAGACAGAAGGCGAGUACGUCCCGCAAGUGCCGAGGGAGGUGGCAGGAAGGCAGGAAGGCAGGAACGAAGGAACACGGCUCUCAUCGAGUGCAGUCCGGGCAGGCAGGCAGAGAGUGGUUUCAUAAGAGCAGGUUUGUGGAGUGGAGUGGAGUGGAGUGGAGGGACAUACUUACUGUAAGAAAUUGGUUCCCAAUUCUAGCUCUAGUCUGGACACGGGGAGGAGGCGAGAUUUUUCUAGCGUCCGUGCGCAGGAACACGAAACGAGACCGGCCAGGGCCUGGGCGAGGAAAGGCAGAAGAGGGCCGGUGAGUGGUGAGUGGAGGUUGGUACUGGGGUACGAUCCUCGAAGGACAGAGCGCAGGUGACAGCCAGGGGUUGCCGAGUUUCAGUUUCAGCGGUCGGGAGAAGCGAGUAGGGCUUGGAGGAUUGUCUGGAGAUCGAUUGUACGAAGGGUGACGGAAUUGGAGUGGGCAGCACGUGGAUCCUGGGAUUCGGACACUCUUUGCACUGAAGGCCAUCCGGGUGACAGAGAGAGGGGGAGUGCGUGAGUGAGCGAGUGAGGCAGCCUGUCUACUUCGUCGUUGUUGCGGGAGGAGGAGGAGGGGAUGAAUCCGGACCUCGUGCUGCAAGGAAUUGCAUGAUCAGACUAUGCUGUUCGCUGAUGGAUUGUGCGGAAAAGCAAUUGCAGCGCACGCGGUAGUGGGAGGUCGAGGAGGAGGCGGUGGGAGCGAGGGAGGAUCAGAACAUCGUGGUGUCGGAAAGGAGGACCUUGGAGAGCAAUCGAGGCGGGCGCUGAGCCCUCGAGCGAGCCGAGCCUUGGAGUGGGGGGCGCGCGCGCGGAGGGUCGACCCGAAGCAGCUCGAGCUUUUCAGAUGUGAAUUAUGUACAGGCUGAUACUAUGCCAUCCAUGCGAGCUUUCCUACGCCGCACUAUGUGCUUAGUCAAGCGCAAGCCCAGCGCCAGAGACGCGGACUCCAAGCAUGGCUCCAACCGCGAGGUCCGAGGCUUCUCCGCGCGCAGCACCAGCAAGGUCACGCAGCACGACAGCAGCAGCUCGGCCGAGUUCACGGGCGGCAGCGGCUUCACUCCGAGCCACUCGCACUCGCGCGAGUCGCAGAACUCCACCGGCAGCGCCGCCUCCAAAUCCUCGCUCGCCACGCUCAAGGAAGUGGUGGGCGAGGGCGUGCACAUCUUCCAGUACAAGGAGCUGCGCCGCGCCACCGAGGGCUUCAGCUCGCGCCGCAAAAUCGGCAACAGCGUCUACCGCGGGACGGUGCGCGGCGUCGAGGUCGCCAUCACUCGGCACAAGAAGGCCGAGAUGUUCACGGACCUCGUCUCCGAGGUCAAGAGCCUGUGCAGCAUUCACCACUCGAAUGUCGUGUCGAUGAUCGGCGCCGCCGCUCCGGCCGAGGACGAGCAUGUGUACGCCGUGUACGAGUUCAUGGAGGGCGGCGCCAAGCUGCGCGACUGCCUCCGCAACCCUCACAGCCCGGGCUACUCCGUCCUGGGGACAUGGAUUCAGCGGCUGCAGGUUGCUCUGGACGUGGCCCGGGGCUUGGAGUAUCUCCACAACAGCACUCAGAAAUCGUUGAUCCACAAGUACGUGAAAAGCAACAACAUUUUGGUCGAUGGCACGUCGCUGCGAGCCAAGAUUGCAAACUUCGGGGUGGCUCACUUGGCCGGCGAGUUCGCCCUGGCCGAGGAGCAGGAGCAGCACUCGCAGCAGCUGCUCAAGGACCAGGAGAACGAGACGCUGGCUGCUCUGCGCAUUUGCGGUGGGAUCGAUACGGAAAUUAUUGAGAUCAUCGAGGACGAGCCUCUGAAGCCUCGCGUGCCCUCCACGCCCUCCACUCCGUCCACGCCCGGGCGACCGAGGCUGAGCCGCUCGCGCAGCAGGAAGCUGACGGGCACGCGGGGCUACAUGGCCCCCGAGUACAUCUCGAAAGGCGCCGUCACGACCAAAACCGAUGUUUUUGCCUAUGGCGUGGUGCUGCUGGAGAUCCUGUCGGGGCAGGAACCCAUCACCUUUAAACCCGACCCGUCCAGCGGCCUGAACGUGGUGAAGAGAAUCACUCUCCAUGAAACCAUACAGGCCAUUUUCUUAGACCCGGAGCCCAAAGCCAAACUGCGCCUGUGGAUUGACCCCCUGCUCAAGGACUUGUUCCCUCUGGAACACGCCCUCAAGGCCGCUCGCCUGGCCAAAUCCUGCGUGCAGGCCAACCCCGUGGAACGGCCUGAAAUGAGGACGGUGACUUUGGAGCUGUCGAAAAUCAUGAUGUCGUCCGAGAGAUGGGUGGAGGGAAUGAUGGCUAGCAAGAAUUUGAUGAGCCGGACCAUGGAGGCCAGGUGAUGGAGCUCAGGCCAGGAUUGCAGGCCCCUUCCGGCUAGGCAAGCAGCUAGUCAGCUACUUUUUAUGAACGCACAUUAGAUUAAUUAGCUCUGAACCGAUUGAUUGAACCAGUUUUGUCACUUUUGGGCAUGGCGGAUUUGGGUAUGCAGCAAGCGAAGAGCCCUUGAGCACCCCCCUGGAAGCGAACGGAUUGUGAUUUUGUUGUAGCAAGGUAGAGUAUAGGUAGAUAAGCAGAAAGGGGGGAAUCAGAUACAGGCAACGAAAUAGAGAAGGGCCCGACAGCCUGCCGAGGAGGGUAUGGGAGUGAGAGGAGCAGGCAGAGAGGAGAACUGGACAGAACCCCCAAACAGGAAACAUCAAAGAUUCAUACAUCAUUCACUUGUAAAGAAGAGCAGACAAGACGAGAUAGAUCCAGGUGAGUUCUUCAUGCCUCUGCCCGAAGGAAAAGAGGGAGGAUGGUCGUCACGACUUCAGUACCAACUCAUCAGCAAACCAAGCGCUUAUUCGACCUAGGUUCAGGAAGAGGAACCUCAGAGCUGUAUAUAGGUAAAAUAGAUUGUUAACCGGCAGGCAAAUUUUUCACUGUCGGGAGGUUUCAAGGCGUAGAUGCUCAGUCCUAAUCAACCAUUCAUAUUGUAUAUACACUACUUAGGCCUUGCGUACAGCCCACCAAUUCGUUUCCUCUGGGUUUGUUUCUUCGGUAUAAAAUCAUGGAAGUAAAGGUUUCAGUAUCUUGGAUUGUUUGCAUUACU